AUGGCUUUAUCACACAACGUCAUUGAGACUCUGCCAGGAUAUCCUGGCAAACUUCCAUUCAGACUUGAAACUGGUUAUAUUGGUAUAGGAGAAUCUGAAGAAGUGCAGCUAUUUUAUUACUUCAUCGAGUCUGAAAGGAACCCAAAAGAUGAUCCCUUAAUUAUUUGGCUCACUGGAGGCCCGGGUUGUUCUGGUCUCUCAAAUCUUAUAUAUCAGACGGGCCCCUUCACCAUUGACUAUGCCAACUCCAGUGGGAGUCUACCAGCACUGGUAUACAACCCAUACUCGUGGACGAAGGUGGCAAAUAUUAUAUACAUAGAUCAGCCGGCUGGCACUGGAUAUUCAUAUGCAAAAACUUGGGAAGCAUACAACACUAAUGAUACGCUGUCAGCAGCACGUACUUAUGAGUUCCUCAGGAAGUGGCUAAUAUAUCAUCCCAAAUACCUCAACAAUCCACUUUAUAUUGGUGGUGAAUCUUAUAGUGGCCUCGUUGUUCCACUUCUUGUUAACAAUAUAUACAAUGCUAUUGAAGCUGGAAGUCAACCACCCUUGAAUAUGAAGGGAUAUGUGCAAGGAAAUCCUGCAACAAACAAGUACUGGGACACCAAUGAAAGAAUCCCUUAUGCUCACCGAAUGGGACUCCUGUCUGAUAACCUUUUCAAGUCAGUGAAGGAAAGCUGCAAAGGAAAUUACGUUCAUGCAGAUCCAAACAAUGUUCUAUGUCAGAGAAAUCUUGAAAGGGUAUCAGAGGUGGCAAAUAUUAUAUACAUAGAUCAGCCGGCUGGCACUGGAUAUUCAUAUGCAAAAACUUGGGAAGCAUACAACACUAAUGAUACGCUGUCAGCAGCACGUACUUGUGAGUUCCUCAGGAAGUGGCUAAUAUAUCAUCCCAAAUACUUCGACAAUCCACUUUAUAUUGGUGGUGACUCUUAUAGUGGCCUCGUUGUUCCACUUGUUGUUAACAAUAUAUACAAUGCUAUUGAAGCUGGAAGUCAACCACCCUUGAAUAUGAAGGGAUAUGUGCAAGGAAAUCCUUUGACAAACAAGUACUGGGACUACAAUGAAAAAAUCCCUUAUGCUCACCGAAUGGGACUCUUGUCUGAUAACCUUUUCAAGUCAGUGAAAGAAAGCUGCAAAGGAAAUUACGUUCAUGCAGAUCCAAACAAUGUUCUAUGUCAGAGAAAUCUUGAAAGGGUAGCAGAGUGUCUCGAUAGAAUACGUACACCACACAUUUUAGAACCAUGGUGUUCAUUGAUGUCAAAGAAACGGGAUUUGCUUUCAUGGGAUUCAAGUUUGGAAGAGGAAACCAAAGAUCUCUUACGAUCAAUGAAUCCUUUUAAAAGAUCAUGGUGUCGACCUGAUAAUUACGUGUACUCGUACAUAUGGGCUAAUGAUAUAUCUGUACAAAAAGCUCUUCAUGUUUCUGAGGGAACAAUAAAGGAGUGGCUGAGAUGUAACAUGAGCAUGCAUAUACGUCCAGGGAAGCAGCAUGGAUGUUAUGUGUUCGAUGUCCAAAGUACUGUGGAAUACCACCGGAAUUUCACCCAUAAGCACUGUAGAGCUUUAAUUUUCAGUGGAGAUCACGACAUGGUCGUUCCUCACACAGGCACUGAAAAAUGGAUAGAUUCGCUUAACUUGACUGUUCAAAGUGACUGGAAACCAUGUUUGAGGAUUUUUUGUUUCUUCGCAGGUAUACAUACAGAGCAGUAUUCGCAUAAUGACUAUCAGUUGACUUAUGCAACUGUGAAGGGGGCUGGUCAUACAGCGGCUGAAUACAACCCCGUACAAUGCUUUGCCAUGGUUGAUAGGUGGUUUUCUGAGCUCCCCCUUUAA